AUGGCUACUAGUUCAAUUUUUGAUUCAAGCUCUAAUGAGCGACAAUGGAUCAAUGAAAUAAAAAACAUUAUUGAAGAAGAGGUUAAGGUUGACAUUGAAGUUCCUGUUUCAAUAUUUCGUGUGCCUGCAGCUCUAAGCGCUUUCAAGCCAGAAACAUAUAUGCCACAACUAAUAGGCUUGGGGCCUUACCAUCAUCUUCAACCCGAGCUCUAUGAGAUGGAGAGGUACAAGCUUGCUGCAGCAAGUCGGCUCCAAAAGCAGUUCCAAAGCCUUGAAUUUGAACAACUUGUUGACAAGCUUAUGGAAUUUGAGUACAAAGUUCGAGCAUGUUACCACAACAAAACUGAUAUUUAUGACACAGCUUUAGUUGAUUCUGCAGGAAGAAAAUUAUCUCAUGAUUCAAUCCUCAGUGAUAUAAUGAUGCUUGAAAAUCAGAUCCCUUUCUUUUUGUUAAGAAAAAUCUUGUCCAUCCAAUGCGCAUCAAUUGAUCUGGAUGACAACUCAUUGCCAUUGAUGUUAACGCCUUUCUGUAAAGCAAUCUCUCCACCGAAAUUGAUGGAGAACUUUCCGUUGUCUCAAGUUUUUGAGUAUGCACAUUUGUUGGACCUUUUGUACCAUCUAAUGGUGCCCAAAUUGGAGGAAACCCAAAAACCGAGCACAACGGAUGUCCAAAAGAGUACUACCAAAUUCAAUGCAAAACAACAUGUUGAUUCAGGGAUGUCCAACUUAGCAUCAAAAUCUAAAGAAAAAAUAAAACCUGAAAAUCCAAUCUCAAAUGAGGGCCAAAAAGCUCCUCAAGUAGAAAAGAUUAUGAUACCUUCAGUAUCAUACCUUUCUAACAUUGCUGGGGUUGAAUUCUACCCUACUACUGGUGACAUCACGACAAUUAGGUUUGAAGAGGAAGAGAAGAGAUUUUACCUCCCUGUCAUCACUUUGAAUGUCCACUCCGAAGUAAUAAUGAGAAACUUGGUGGCAUACGAAGCAUCAACAGUAUCAGAGUCCCUUGUUUUUGCAGGGUAUACUGAAUUAUUAAAUGGGAUUAUGGAGACCGUAGAGGAUGCAAAGUUGCUUAGAGAAAAGAAAAUCAUUAUAAACAGAUUGAAAAGUGAUGAUGAAGUUCUACAACUCUUCAAUAGUAUCAAUAAAUCUAUUCAACUAACCCACGUUCCAUAUGUUGAUAAGGCCAUUGAAGAUGUGAACAGGUUCUUCUACAAUUCACGGAGGGUUCAGGCAUAUAAAUGGAUCAAGAAGUACGUGUAUGGUUCUUGGAAGAUUUUUACACUUCUAGCCACCAUUUUGGUCAUGUUGUUGAUGGCUCUACAAUCAUUUUGCUCUGUUUAUAGUUGUACUAGUAUUGUGAGAAAACUCAACACAACGAUUCAUAGUUAA